GACAGUCUCGGCGCGGUCGCUUUGAGGGCGCAGCAAUCCUACGGAGUGGGGCCGGCGUGAGGCCAGAGGGUGGGAAAGCGGCCGGCGGCGGAGGGCGGUGCUGAAGGAGGGCGGCGCGCGGUGACUCAUCCCUCUGGAAGAUCAGACACGCUCGCCGAGCUCGCCCGCGUCGCCGCUCCUCAACCAGGAGGCGCCCGCCGGUACCGCCCGCCCGCUCUGAGCUCCCGGCCCGGCCGCGGCACAGAAAGUUUUCCUGGGCUCACGGCCUGCGGGAAGCGGAGCGGGCACGGCUGAGAGGCGGUCGCUGCGCGGGCCCGCCGAGUGCAUGGUGCCGGGCGCCCGGGCCGCGCGUCUGGAGGACCCGGGGCGGGGCCGGGCUGAGCCCAGCUCCUGAGCCUCUGUCCAGCUGCGUCCAUAACGAUCUUCCCUUGGGACUGCCGCGGGGGUCGCGCUCCAGCGUCAUGUCCCGGCUGCUGCCGCUGCUGGGGAGCCGGACGGCGCGCAGCCUGAGGCCGGGCCCUGCCGCCGCGAACCGCCCGCCGUCCUGGUGCAGCUGCGGCCGGGGACUGCUGGCUCUCGGGGUCCCCAGUGGUCCCCGGCUUCUGGGCACUCACCCCAAGAAGGAGCCCAUGGAGGCGCUGAACACGGCGCAGGGCGCGCGCGACUUCAUCUACAGCCUGCACUCCACCGAAAGGAGCUGCUUGCUCAAAGAGCUGCACCGCUUCGAGUCCAUUGCCAUCGCACAAGAAAAAUUGGAAGCUCUACCACCCACUCCAGAACAGCUGAGAUACGUAUUCUUCCACAAUGCGAUACCUUUCGUAGGGUUUGGCUUUUUGGAUAACGCAAUUAUGAUUGUUGCAGGAACCCAAAUUGAAUUGUCUAUUGGAAUUAUUUUGGGAAUUUCAACAAUGGCAGCUGCUGCUUUGGGAAAUCUUGUUUCAGAUUUAGCUGGACUUGGCCUUGCAGGUUAUGUUGAGGCCUUGGCGUCCAGGUUAGGCCUCUCAAUUCCUGAUCUUACACCAAAGCAAGUUGACAUGUGGCAAACACGUGUUAGCACACAUUUGGGCAAGGCUGUUGGGGUGACGAUCGGCUGCAUUCUAGGAAUGUUCCCUUUGAUUUUCUUUGGAGGAGGUGAAGAGGAUGAAAAACUGGAAACAUCAAAUUAAUCAUCUUAGAACACCUAUAAAAGAUGUAAACUAAUGUACCUCAGUCAUUAAAUCUACUGUCACAACAUUUAGCAGACAGUACCAGUGCAUAGAUACGGGAUCAAAUAAUUCAGCAUGUACUUCGGAAACACUAACUUAUUGUGGCUUGGUCUUCUUAAGACAUCUUUUUAACAACUACUUAGUAUCAUUUUAUGUAAAUUAUUGAGAUGCUUUUCAUCAAUGGCUGUCAACAUGUUAUCUUUUCCUUCUAUGUAUCAACGUAUUAUUUAACUUUCAGUCAUUGAUACUGUACUGUACUGACUUGGGGUUUGCUUUCUUACAUAACAUGCACGGGAUACCUAUUUAUGUCUUUAUUUUUUUCCCUGAUGGUUAUAAUUCAAUGCUGAGGUUUCUCCAAGUUAUUUAAGAUGUUUAAUAUCAGUUAAAAAUUGUAAUUCCCUGCCUGGUGGCAUCCCUUUUGUGGUAUUUUAUGGUAAACAUUUACAAUCAUAUAAAUUCAUUCAAUUUUUAAAGUUCCACAUCUUUCCAAAAUGAAACAGUGUUUUAAGUAUAUCUGACUAUUUUAAUUUUGACCCACACUGUCUUUAAAAGUCAGAGGUUAAUCAGAAAGAACAAUUGUCUGGCCCUCCUUUUACAUACACCAUACAUGCUAACAAGUGUACUUAUUUCUGAUUGACUUUUUACCUUUAAUUUCCCAACUUUGAGCAAUCACAGUGAAUUCUGGUUUGUGAGAGAAAGGCAGUGCUUGGAUACUUCCUAUGUCUUAGAGUAGGGUUAAGAGAGCAGGGUAACUAAGAAACCUAUAAUGAUAUUUGGACAUUAGGCUAAAAAAAAUUUUUUUUACAGAAAUAGAAAAUGGAAAUCUUCAAGGAGGUCUAGGGAGUGGAUGACCAAGUUCAAGUGGUAUUUGGGAAGUUCAUGAAGCAUCAGUUCUACGACUUUGGAAAGAUUCUCCCCCUAAUGUGUUAUUUUCUCAUGGAAUGGAAUGAGUCUAUGCUCAGAGUCCCAAUCGCAUUAGAUCUUGCUUUGUGACUUUUUUCUGGAAGAGUGUUUUAGAAACAACAUGUAUUUUCUGUUGCUCUUUGCUAUCUAGUCAAAUGUAACAUGAGGAGUGAUCCUUUCUCCUAUUUUUGGACUUUUUUCUUCUCUCGUGGCGAUCAUAGCACAGCUGGUGAAAGCUGCUUGUGUCCGUGUUGUAUGUCUGACCUACACGGUCCUGAGAAUCCUGAGUAUCCUGAGUUUUAGCUUUUGAACCCUUUCCCGCAUUUGCUCUACUACACAUGCUAAAAAGUUACAUGUAUCAGAAUAAGUGAACAUAUGGAAGGGAGAGACUGAAGUUAGAAUUUAAUCCUGGGGAAUUAAAAUUAUUCAUGUCUGCUGAGUAGAUGGCAAGACAAAUGUCACAUGACCAUGCUUUUUAAAUCUUACUUGGGAGUUUUGUUUGCACAAACUUUCUUUGGGCUCCUUUUAAAGAUUUCUUUUCCAUAAGAAAUCACAUCACAUAUUGUUCCUUUUUGUUCUUUGGGGUAACUUAGUCCUGUCGUUUAUCAUAGAAUUUAAGGAAAGAACAUAAAGGUAAAAAGACAUCAAAUUCUCAUAUACACAAGUAACAUUCUCCUUUGGUCACAUUAGCAUCACGUGACUUGAGGUCGCAGACAGACUCGUCUGUAUCUUUGUCCACGUGUCACACGGACAGCAAGCACAGGGUGCAGAAUGAUAGACUAGAAGGCACCUUUUACUUUCUGUGUAAACACGUGUGUGCUGGUUUCCUUACCUUGCGUAUUGGUGGUUUUCCUGUCUUUGUUUUUAAGUGUUGUAUUGUGGUGCUUAACUUUUCUCCUUAUUAAAUACCAUCUCCAGAAACUCGUCUUGGAGUUUAGAAAACACUUUUGACUGUUCAUUUCCUUUUUCUUUCUCUUAAAAAUCUUCUAGUCCUUAUUACCGGAAUUUCUGUUAACAGAAUUAUGCCAGUGUCAUUGAAGACUUAAGUAAUGGAAGAUGUAACUUUCACAUGAAAGACAUUCUAAUUUUCAGUGAAAAUUUUUGAAUCAUGUUUAAUCAAUAAAAUGCUUUGAAUCAUUACCAUACUUAGUUUUCAAAAGCAGACAAACAAAAAAUUAAAGUCUCUCUGUCUUUGACCAAAGGCAUCGUUUCUCGAGCUCUGGCUCUGACCUAACCUGGUGCUGUGCACAGUGUGAUUUCUGAAGGUGGCCCCCUUACGUUAAUGACUCCAUAUCACCCGUGUUGAGCGAUUCUCGACACGGAGACUCUGACGUCAGCUGAAAGUGGACUGCCCUGGUUCUCAGAGCAGCUGUUCUCUGUCGGCGUUAGAGCUGCCUCGAACUGUGUCAUACAUAGCUGCUGUAGUACUGUUUGUUCAGAAUCCAUGUUGUUUGUGUAUUAUGAUUUAUUGACUUGUUGAUGCAUGUAAACCAGGUGCAUUUUGUUGCCUCUGUAUGUUAAAUAGUGACCAAUGUUUUUACGAAAGAAUUGAACAAAAAAUAUCUUUUAAGACAU